AGAAGAGGACGAACCCGCACUCCCUCCCUAUCCCACUGGUCAUUAGUCUGCUACAUUUCAUUUCGCUGUCGAUCUCGGGGCAAGCAAGCGACGCAGGACUAGCUCCGCUCCUCAGAAGAGAUUUACCUAUCAUUCCAGGACAUUUUUCGUCUCCUUGUUGAUCGUGGAGUUGAUUCUGUCGACCUAGAGGACAAUUUGACUGUAAUAUCGGCGCAGAUCAGCUUGGAAGAUGUGUCGAGUCCCCGCGAUAUCGGUCCUAAUUUUGGGCAUCGUAGUUCCAGGGUUGGCCGGCUAUAUUGAGGCACUAGCAGCCAAUGCAGGCACAGGUUUUGCUGUAGCGGAGCCCCAGGUGGCCAUGUUCUGUGGGAAGCUCAACAUGCACGUCAACAUCCAGACAGGACGCUGGGAACCUGACCCAUCCGGGAUGAAGAGCUGCGUAGGAACCAAAGAGGGCGUGCUGCACUACUGUCAGGAGAUGUACCCUGAGCUCCAGAUCACAAACGUGGUGGAGGCCAACCAGCCAAUCAGGAUUGAGAACUGGUGCAAGAAGGAGAAGAAGCUGUGUAAAGGCCACGCCCACAUUGUGGUGCCAUACAAAUGUUUAGUGGGGGAGUUUGUGAGUGAUGUGCUGCUGGUUCCUGAGAAGUGCAGGUUCUUCCACAAGGAGAGGAUGGAUACGUGUGUUAGCCACCAACAGUGGCACGGGGUGGCCAAGGAGGCCUGUUCCAAAGGUACCAUGGUCCUCCACAGCUAUGGCAUGCUGCUGCCCUGUGGCAUUGAUAAGUUCCAUGGUACGGAGUAUGUCUGCUGCCCCUCCCCUGGGGAACCCUCCCUGCCCGCCAUGCCCUCCCAGGAGGAAGAAGAGGAGGAUGAAGAGGGGGAGGAGACAGCACUGGACCAGGAUGAGCCUGUAGAGAAGGAGAGCGAGGCCCCAACUGAUGAGCAGCCCACCACUCAGAAAGAGGUGGAGCCAUUGGAUGAGGAAGACGAAGAUGAGGAAGAUGAGGAAGAGUACCACUAUGUGUAUGAAGAUGAGGAGGCCGACAGGGAGGAAGAGGAGGAGAAGGAGAGGGAUAGUGUUCCAGAGAGCCAGGAUGAAGACAAGACCCUGACAGAGGUCAAAGCGGUGUGUGCCCUGGAGGCAGAGACCGGCCCCUGCCGUGCCUCCAUGCCCCGCUGGCACUUCGAUAUGACAACCAGGAAGUGCAUCCGCUUCGUGUACGGGGGCUGUGCUGGAAACCGCAACAACUUUGAAUCUGAGGAAUACUGCAUGGCCGUGUGCAAACGCCUUACAGUGCCCCCCACCCCCCAGCCCACUGACGAUGUUGACGUGUACUUCGAGACGCCCGCUGAUGACAAGGAGCACACUCGCUUCCAGAAGGCCAAGGAGCAGCUGGAGAUCAGGCACCGCAACCGCAUGGAGAGGGUGAGGAAGGAGUGGGAGGAGGCAGAGCGUCAGGCUAAGGAGCUUCCUAAGGCUGAGAGACAGACUCUGAUCCAGCACUUCCAGGCCACGGUAGAGUCCCUGGAAGAAGAGGCAGCCAGUGAGAAGCAGCAGCUGGUUGAGACCCACCUGGCUCGGGUAGAGGCCAUGCUCAACGACCGCCGCCGCCUGGCGCUGGAGAACUACCUAGCCGCCCUGCAGGCUGACCCACCGCGGCCCCACCGUAUCCUGCAGGCUCUGAGGCGGUAUGUGCGUGCGGAGAACAAGGACCGUCAGCACACCAUCCGCCACUACCAACACGUACUGGCUGUGGACCCUGAGAAGGCUGCCCAGAUGAAGUCCCAGGUACACACCCUGACCCCUAACCCUGAACAGGUGAUGACCCACCUACGCGUGAUCGAGGAAAGGAUGAACCAGAGUCUGUCUCUGCUCUACAAGGUUCCCUACGUCGCCGAGGAGAUCCAAGAUGAGAUCGAUGAGUUGCUUCAGGAGCAGAAGGCAGACAUGGACCAGUUUCUGUCGUCUAUCUCAGAGUCUCAGCCGGACGUGACCGUGUCAUCAGAGGAGAGUGUGGAGCUUCCUGUCUCAGAGGGGAAACCCUUCCAGGUCACCUCCCUGGGGUCGCGACCCGAACCAGAGGGCGAUCUAUCAGACUCCCCACGUGCCUUCAAGAAAGGUUCAGGGAUGUACGGCCAGGACGGGCUGAUCGGAGCCGAGGAGAGGAUCAUCAACAGCAAGCCCAAGAUCAACAACAACAACAACAUGCAGGUGGUUGAUGAGACUCUGGAUGUAAAGGAAGUGAUAUACAGUGCUGAGAGAGUCAGCGUUAUGCAUGGUGAUGAGCUGGAAUCCUACCGCCCUCUGGGUGAGGACUUCAGCUUCGGGAGCUCUGCUCUGAUUGGUCUGCUGGUGAUAGCGGUGGCCAUAGCAACGGUGAUAGUGAUCAGCCUGGUUAUUCUGAGGAAGAGGCAGUAUGGAACCAUCAGUCAUGGCAUUGUGGAGGUUGACCCCAUGCUGACCCCAGAGGAGCGCCACCUCAGCAAGAUGCAGAACCACGGCUACGAGAACCCCACCUACAAAUACCUGGAACAGAUGCAGAUCUAGGGGUCGCUGUGGCAACAAGCAGAGAGGAGGGGGAACAUACUACUGACCAAUAAUAAAAAAAACUCUCCCCAAAAAUCAUUUGCAUAAUUACAUCAGAUUACAAUACAUAUAUACUGGGUUUGUUUCAAAUCAAUCCUUGAAAAGAAUGCUAAUUCUACUACUACUACUGCUACCAUUGUUAUACAGCUCCCUUUGGAUCUUUGGGUUUCUUUUAAAAGGUGAUGUAUGUAUCUCUUAUGUUUUAUAUAAUAUGUGAUUCAAAAAAUGACUUGGUAAUUCAUUAUUUCAUACGAUUCUCUCCGAAAAUCAAGAUGUAUUACAUUUCUUCUGAUGUUUUUUAUUUGUUAAAACAUGCAACAAGGUAAACCAAGCAACGCAUUGAGACUAAAUGUAUCUCACCAUCAUCAGACGACAUAACAAGGCACUACUGUUUCAUUUCCCGUCGUGCCAGUGUCCAUUACCUUCUGAUGGUCUUCUCAUAAUAACAAAGUUAUUUUCUUUUCAAUAGAUUGCUUGUAUAUGAAGGUUCUUUGUACCUAUUAAAUGAUGUAUAGUGAAACUACAAAUGAGAAAAAAAAUGAAAACAAAAUCAUGAAUUCAGUUACUUUCUGUUCUAUAUGAUUACAAACAAAAUAUACAUAAACAGUUUAACAAAUA